UUUGUGUGUGCGUCGCGGUGUUAUGCAGGUGGUGCGGUGCCGUCCUUGCUGAAAAAAUGAAAAUGGUCCGUGGAUAGUUGCCCGUUACACGUGAUUAUAAAAAUUGUAUUAUAUUUUUUAUAUUUAAAACAAAAUAUUCGCCGUCAAACUGGGUGCCAAAACGGUGGAAAGAUUUUUUAAUUUGGCGGACGAUAGCUUCGUCGAAGAUGUCAACGACGACCUGAAAUGUUUUAUAUCAGAGAAAAAAGUUGACAGUGUGCUGGUGUUCCCUCCUGUGAGCAACUACCGUCGUUUCCUGAUCCACCGCUGCGUGGAGAGACUCGCGCGUCCCGAUCUCGCCACAUUUUCAAUAGGAGUCAGCGACGAGCGUCGCACUGUCGUCUGCUACAGGGAGCGCAUCUUAAGUGAUGAAGCUUGCGCACUUCCAGCCAUGGUACUGACAGUGGGCAACCGCGAAGAUGCGACCCUUAACAACGAUGGCGCGGCGGCGGAGUGCAGGCCUGCGCAAGCGCAGCGUCGGCAGCCUCAGGAAAAGAUCAGGUCAGGAUCAGCGAAACCGAGGCGACCGGACCGUGCUGUGUACGUACCGCGAGCGUUACGUGGCGCUGACAAUAGCUCCUCUGACGAGGCGAAGGCCGACCCCCAACGGAGGAGCAGCCGCAGCGUGGAGCCCAAGUGCCCCAAGUCCCCAAGUGGCAGGGACAAGUCGGCUCAUGGCACGCCCAAGCGAUCUAUAGACAAGAACUUCUGUAAUGUGUAUACUCCACCGCACCUCAGGAACCAACGGUCUCACACCAGCAUAGCCAGUCCUCCGCCUCCAGAAGACAACGACUCGCUCCCGGACUGCCCAGUGCCAAAUAGUGAUAGUGCAAUAUCCUUUAGUGAUAAUAGUUAUAACGAAGUAGAAGUAGGAGAGACAUUUUAUAUUGGUGAUUAUUUUGCAAAUGGACAGCUGGGUUUCUACAACCCCACAUACUACGAGUACGAUAGUAGGGACCUCGAGAGUUACGCCGACGAGGGGUUCACAAAUGAUCACGUGACCAUGGAGGACACUCAGCAGAGGAUCAUCGACGGAGACUACGUCUACAGCAAGGACGAAGACGAUGAACAGAACGAGCUUAAACGAGCAUCCAAAGAAAUAAAUAGAAGUACCAAGAGAAUUAUAAAACAGAGUUUCGAUUCUGACGUCCUAGUGAUAUCGGACCCGGUAGAAGAAGAAAAAGUGAAACAGACUGAAAUCGAACAGAAGGAGAAAGUUGUAGAGAAGAAAACGAAACCGAAAUUGGAGGCGAAGGUGUCUUUGAAACGCGACGAGAACGACUGGGAGACUGUUUACGAUGAUAGCGGCGAGUGUUUGGAUCCGUCCCUUCUUGAAGAAUUGACUUCCACAGUGGGAAAGGUUCAUAUAACCAAAGCGAAGAAUAACUACGACCAGUAUCAGACGCGUGGUCAGGCGUUGUUCAACGGGCCCUACGACGAGACGUUCGCGCACGUCGUGGAGGUGUACGACUUCCCCAGCGAGUUUAAAACGAACGAUCUUCUCUCUCUGUUCAGUGAAUACAAGGAUACUGGCUUUGAAAUCAAAUGGGUUGAUGACACGCAUGCACUUAUUGUCUUCAGCAGCGCUAAAAUUGCUGCUGAAGUUCUAUCAACGCAGCGCUCACUAGCUCGGUGUCGUCCUCUACACGCCGCCACACUUGAAUCUAGAAAUAAGGCCAAGAAAUGCGCGGAAUUCCUUCAACCGUAUAGACAGCGUCCGGAGACGUGUACUGCGCUGGCGCGGCGACUGGUGUCGGGCGCGCUGGGUGUGAGGCUCAGCACUGCGCGGCAGGAGCGCGCUGAGGAGCGCCGGCUCAUCACCAUCGCCAGAGAGAAAAAGCGUCAAGCAGCGCUACACAAGGAGGCGGCUUGGGACGGCUCUCUCGCCAACCAGUCCGUACAUGACUCCUGAGGUGGUCUGAAACUUCUCCAGGUGUAUAACUUCCAGGUCCAGUUUGAACUUCAAUACUGACCGUAAGCUCUCAAAUUUAAAAUUUAGA